AACCUCCCGCUUCCUCCCACCUGCCGGGUUGGGGAUUCCCGCGCAUCCCGGAAGAGAGGACCGGCCACUUCCGGUUCCGCUUUCCCGGACCGGACCGGAGCCGUCACCAUGACCGCCACGCUGCGCCCGUACCUGAACGCGGUGCGUGCCACGCUGCAGGCCGCCCUGUGCCUGGAGAACUUCUCCUCGCAGGUAGUGGAGCGCCACAACAAACCCGAGGUGGAGGUCAGGAGCAGCAAGGAGCUCCUGUUGCAGCCAGUGAUCAUUAGCAGGAAUGAGAAGGAGAAGGUGCUCAUUGAGGGCUCCAUCAACUCCGUGCGUGUCAGCAUCGCUGUCAAACAGGCCGAUGAGAUCGAGAAGAUCCUGUGCCACAAAUUCAUGCGCUUCAUGAUGAUGAGGGCUGAGAACUUCUUCAUCCUUCGCAGGAAGCCCGUGGAGGGCUACGACAUCAGCUUCCUAAUCACUAACUUCCACACGGAGCAGAUGUACAAGCACAAGCUUGUGGAUUUCGUGAUCCACUUCAUGGAAGAGAUCGACAAGGAGAUCAGUGAGAUGAAGCUCUCUGUCAAUGCCAGGGCCCGCAUCGUGGCAGAGGAAUUCCUCAAGAACUUCCUGGGGGGAACGCUGCGAGGCUGUGGUGCUGGCAUGAAGAUUGAAAAGGUGGCAAAUGCUGCGGCAGGGGCACCUGGCAAGGUGCAGAGAGUGCGGGCAGACUGCAGCCGCCCCUGGCUCUGCCCCAAGCAGCUGAAGCUGGCCAAGCUGCAGGUGGAGAGGGCUAUCAAGGAGAAGAAGAUCUUCAUGGUGCAGGGCCGCUACCCUGUGAUCCGCCGCCUGCUGCGCGCACGGGGCUGGGUGGAGAGAAAAGCACCCUGCAGGGUGCAGCAGCAAAAGGCAGAUGGCGGCAAUGCCGAGCUCAGCACAGAACAGCGUGGGGUGCAGCCACCUCUGGAGUCCCCGUGCUCCAUGUGGCUGCCCAACGAGGAGGAGGAGGAAGAGGAGGAGAAGAAGGAAGAGCAGACGGACAAGGACAACCCUGAUGGCAUCCAUGAGCUCAUGUCCCGCCUGGUGCAGGACCAGGUGCCCUACUUCAUCUGGAGCAGCCGCUGCAGUGCUGCAGAGAGAUGCAUCCUGCGGCCGGACCAGGUGGUGAACCACUAUGCCCGAGGGGGCUGCCUUACCACCAAGGAGGGGCUGUGCCUCACCCUGCGCAACCUGCCCUGGUUCGACCAAGCCGACCCCGAUACCUUCUUCCCUCGCUGCUACCGGCUGGGUGCUGCGGACGAGCGCCAGGCUUUCAUUGAGGAUUUCCGCCUCACUGCUGCACGCUGCCUGCUCAAAGUGGCCCUGGGAAGGGCUGAGGGUGAGCAUAUAGUGCUGGAGCCAUCCCCAAAACCCAGUGAUGCUCCAGCAGAGGGGCCGGCCCUGCCAUUGCCCCCACAGCUGAUGGAGGAGGCGCUGCGGGUGUGCAGGAGGCACCUGGACAGCAUGGCCCACCAGGACAUUGACGGGGACACACAGCCCCACAGCCCCAGCUGGGACAGCUUCCUGCAGGGCUACUACCGCGUGGUGCACGAGGGGGCCGUGCUGCAGCUGAGCACGGCACAGCAGGAACGGGGCCACAGCCUGCUACAGGGCCUGGCGAAGCAGCUGCCCCAACUGCACAUGGAGGGCGAGCGCAACGUCUGGAUCCUCAAACCCGGGGCUGCAUCCCGGGGCAGAGGCAUCGUGUGCGUGGCGCGGCUGGACCAGUUGCUGCGGCUGGCGGGCAGCACGGGGCGGGAGGGCCGCUGGGUGGUGCAGAAAUACGUGGAGCGGCCGCUGCUCAUCUUCGGCACCAAGUUCGAUGUGCGGCAGUGGUUCCUGGUGACCGACUGGAACCCGCUGACCAUCUGGUUCUACCGCGAGUGCUACCUGCGCUUCUGCUCACAGCCAUUCUCCCUGCACUGCUUGGAUGUGGCCGUCCACCUCUGCAACCAAGCAGUGCAGCGGCACUGCCGCCCGGGGCUGUCCCGACACCCGCAGCUGCCAGCAGACAACACGUGGUCGUGCCGCCAGCUGCAGGCAUACCUGGCACAGCGGGGCCAAGCCGGUGCCUGGGCCGAGGUGAUGGUGCCGGGUAUGAAGGCGGCGGUGGUGCGGGCGGUGCGGUGCUCGCAGGGUUUGGUGCGGGGCCGUAAGGGCAGCUUUGAGCUCUAUGGGGCUGAUUUCAUUUUCGGUGAGGAUUUCCGACCCUGGCUGCUGGAGAUCAACGCCAGCCCCACCAUGGAGGCCAGCACGGCGGUGACGAGCCGGCUGUGUGCCGGGGUGCAGCGUGACACACUGAGAGUUGUCAUCGACCGCCGGGAUGACCCCGAGUGCCCCACAGGAGCCUUUGAGCUCAUCUACAAGCAGGCAGCUGUGCCCACCGUGCACUACGUGGGGCUGAAGCUGGAGGUGGAAGGCAGCUCCCUGCGCAGACCACGCCGCCCUCGCUGCUCCCUGGCUGCAGCAGAGGACAGGGCCCCCCCGUAUGCUGCGGAGAUGCGGCCAAGGCAGCCCCCAGGGGGUCUGCCCCGACUCAGAGGGCUGAGGAUCCAUUCCCGUGUGCCCAUCACACCCCACCAGGGAGCUCUCCCCCACCUCAGCCCCCUGCCCCUGCUGCGGAGCACUCGGCCCCAUGGCGCAGAGGAGGGACGGAGGGCUCAGAGGGGAGCAAAGAGGAGUGGUGAUGGCCCAGUAUGCCCCCACCCCUUUUGGCAGAAAUAAAUCUG